CUCCCAGAGUGAAGUUAAAGCGCGAGGCGAGCGCUGCGCUCCGGAGUCUCUCCGCGGACACUCGGACUGAACUUUACGAAGGGACUCUCUUAUCAAACCAGCAGCACGCCAGCUCCACUCCAGCGGACACGGGACACGUUACGUAUGGCUCGCCAAGAAGCGCGAGUUGUUGGAUAAAUAAGCGCGGGACCGACGGAACGCGCCCGGUGCGUCCUUCGCCUCCGGAGCGCCGCCGAUGCGCUCGAGCUGAGCCUGCGGAGAGAGAGAGAGAGAGAGAGACGGACACCAGCAGAGAGGAGAGACCAGACAGCGUCCCGUCACACACCCCGGCUUGAAGGGGUGAAUGUAGGCAGCAACAUGAAGCUCUGCCUCCCUCUACUGCUGCCCCUCCUCUUCUAUCAACACUUGUGGUCCCCUUCAUUGGCUGACUCAUGUCCGAAGGACUGUACCUGCCAAAUCCAGGACUCCAUAUUCUGCUUUAGCCGCAAAGACCCUAAAAUGCCCAGCGAAGUACCCAUGACGACUAAGAAUCUCUAUGUAUUCAAGAAUGGCAUUAAGUCCCUUUCCCAAGAGGACUUUCUUGAGAUGGAAAGCCUAGAGAUGCUGGAUUUAAGCCAGAAUAAGUUGACCGAAUUGCCAGGUGGUGUGUUUGAACCCCUGUCCUCUCUCCACAACCUGGACUUGUCGGCAAACCAGAUCGUACACAUAUCCAAGGACAGCUUUGCUGGACUGGAGCGUCUAGAGAGGUUAUACCUUUACAGCAACCUCAUAGAGAGCAUCCAUCCUGCAGCUUUCGAUGGCCUUCAGCAGCUGCUGGAGCUCAAGCUGCAAGGUAACAAACUGACAAUAAUGCCUGCCCUGAAUAUGCCCCAUUUGCUUCUGCUAGACUUACGGUUCAACAGCAUCCCGUCGCCAGGGCCAAAUGACCUCCAGACACCCAGGCUGGAGUCACUGAAACUGGGUGGGCUUGGGCUUAUCAGUCUAGAUGAGGAGCUCUUGGGAAGCUUCAAGAACCUCCAUGAGCUUGACAUCUCCAACAACCAGUUAACAAGUUUUCCAGGGGUACUACGGGAGGCAAGGGGCUUGGUUUCUCUGAGCUUGGCUGGAAAUCCCAUGGGACCUGUGAAGUGGGAGGACUUUGAGAAACUCUCAGAGCUUCAGGAGCUGGAUAUCAGUAAUCUGAGCUUGCAAGGCUUGCCGGAGACCUUAACUCAGCUCUUUCCUCACCUACAAAGACUGACCGUUGCGGAAAACCCUUUCAACUGCCUUUGCAAUAUGGCUUGGUUUCCUGGUUGGCUGCGAAUUAAACAAAUUCAGUUGGGUAGGACGGAAGAGACGCGAUGCCACUUUCCUCCUCUCAAUUCCGGGAAGGUGCUGGAGAGGCUCUCGAACCGAGAAUUUGGAUGUCCGAUUACCACAACUGUCACAACUCGGACAGUAAAGACCACUGCAGUACCUCCUGCCCCGGUCACAAAUUUACCAAGUACCACUCAUGCAGUACUCCUUGCCAAACCUAGUGAUUACCCCUUUACGGAAAGCGACAAUAACCCGCCACCUCCCACCCCAAGUUCUACUAUUGACCCAGACCUAAGAUCAACCUUCUGUCCGCCCAAUAUUUGCCUUAAUGGAGGAACAUGCUGGCUGGACAACAAAGGACGUUUGGAGUGCAUUUGUCUACCAGGAACAUCGGGGACAUACUGUGAAAAAGAGGAAGACCCCUUGCCCCACGAGGACCAUACAGAUGACCCUACCGUACCAGAACCUGAAAUAACAGCAACACUGGUAACUAGCUCCUCGAUACUCUUAGACAUUCACCGGUACAUCGAAAUGCGUCCCCAUAUCCGUGGCGUAAAGUUAACUUACAAGAACCUUUCUGGCCCGGAUAAACGUGCCAAGCACCUCAACAUUCCGCCCAGUUACCCGGAAUACACAAUCCGUGGACUUCAGCCAAACUCUACGUUUUCUGUAUGUGCCAGUCCAUUGGGUGAGCCUGGGGAUAUGGACAGAGUAUGCAUAGAAACCCAGACAUUCAGCCAGCAGCUAACUCCCACUGGAGCACGACUGGAGGACCCAAAGCUCACUACAAUGCUCAUCCCUGCAGUUGCCAUCCUGCUUCUGCUAGUCCUAGUAGCCGUGGCUGUUGGGGUAGCCUGCUACAUGCACAAAAAGAAAUCAAAGGGACACCUGGACUUAGAAUGCGAUCCGUCACAGCUGGAGCUGGAUGGUCUGGAAAAUGGGGAGCUACCCCAAAAGCAAGAGAUUAUCUCCUGUCCAUCAACAACACAGAAUGGUGGCUUUGACUGUGAAAUGCCCCUCAUGCAGGAUCACUGUACCGCUAACAACAACAAGAACAGUUUGAAACCCUCAUAUUUCUGACAAUAACAAAAGGUUUGUGACUUGCUUGCACGCUAAAGCAUGAACAAUACAGCCUUAUAAGGCACCGCCAUGGACGGUGAGAUCAGCCACCAGGUUCUUUGUAAAGAGACGGCGACGUUUAUGCGAAUCCUGGUGCAAUCCUGUAAGGGCAUUUCUGUCAAAGUGACAUCCUGUGCCUUUUAUCAUCUGAAAGACUUUACAUGCCAAACUUUCAACCAAAGAUUUUGGUGCAUUUUAAAAUAGCUGCCAAUUGUACAAAGGGCAUAUGGCUGACUGAAAAAAAUUUGGUGACAUUUUGAUGUGUAGCACCUGUGUGCAACUCUUAGGAGCUGCACUAACUGUGAACCGUAAGCCCUACAUGUGAGUGGGUAAUUGAAGAUUUGGAUUUAAGCAGUGAGGCUGACUGUUAAGAUGCUUUGUCUAACGGAUACAAAUAUAAAGCAAAGAAACAAUGAAUAACUUUUUUGUAAAUGUUUUUGUACAAAUAUGUGACUGUUACCAGGCGGCUGCUCUUCCCCCAUAUCUCAUGACUUAAAAAGCAGACAAAACACCAGAUUAAAAACUUUGGAGAUUAAAAUUUACUUGUACCACCAAGUGAAUCAAAGGCUUUAGUUCGGAAAUGUCAGACAGUCUAAGCAGUUGAAAGUAUAUCCAGCCUUGAAACUAAAUCCCUCCGUGUUUCAGCCCCUAUCCCCCCUUUGCCCUCAGAAAAAUAGACUAAAAUACGGGUGAACAGUAAGAUGGCUGAUUCAAAAGCAGAUUAGUAUUCAUUGUGCUCUGUCGUAAACACCAAUUAGGCUUGAAAAAUAUCACUGAAAGCUACAAACUGGUGGGGUCUUUUAAAUUAUUUAUUUAUAUACAUAAAAAGGGGUCUUUUUCUAGACCAGUCUGCAAAAUUAGCCUUUGCACUAGCUACUUGGCAGAGAUUUCUAAUCGCUUGCAGCCAACACCAUUUUGCCUGACAUCAAAAACACUAAUGCAUAUGUUUGGAUAGCUUUUAAUAUUAGCGGUCUACCAUAUUCAAACCAGUGAACAAACACACUCCAACUCCCGACUAUCUAGAAGUCAUUGAUGACUGUCGAGUUUAAGAAAUUUAAGAAUCUUUAUGUUUACCAAAAACUGCCAAACAGGGAAGAGACAGUGGGAAGCUGUGCCGAUUGACCUCUGUGAGGAAAUGUGUUACUAUUUUAGCACUUGUUCUGUAACCUGUCAAAUGAGGUUUCCAAAAAAAAAAAAAAAAAAAAAAAAAAAAAGUAAGAAAUUGUUUUAGUGCAUAUGAAACCUUCUGCUUAAAAGGAGGAGGAAAUUGAAAAUAUUUUUGUUGUUGUUGUUGUUGUUGGACUAUCCAAACUGGAAAAAAGCAGUAGUAUCUCAGCAGUAUGAAGUAUUGAAAAUAUUUGUGAAUAUUUUUGAUAAGAUCUGCCUCUAAUUUUCCCUGUUUAAUUUGGGAAGUUCUUUUUUAUACUUUUUUUUGUCUACGUGGAGAUGUGUGUAUAUGUAUGAUAUGUAUUUUCAAAAAGCAAAAAGAAAAGAAAAUUAAAAAAUAAAUAAACUACA